AUGAGUUCACUAAAAUCACAAAUGGUGUGGACAAAGGCUAAGGUUAGUCUAGCUUUGUCUCUGGUCACGGUUUUCCUCGGCAUCUCUCUUGCUGAUCUCAGAGUCGGAUUUUACUCCAAUACAUGCCCAGAAGCUGAGUCAAUCGUCAGAAGAGUUGUCUCAAGAGCUUCUUUUUCCGACCCUAACCUCCCAGCCAUUCUUCUACGCCUCCAUUUUCACGAUUGCUUUGUCGAGGGAUGUGACGGGUCUAUCCUCGUGGACAACGGAGCAUUCUCUGAGAAGUUUGCAUUCGGGCAUGAAGGUGUUAGAGGAUUUGAGAUAAUAGAAGCUGUCAAGGCCGAGCUUGAAGCUGCAUGCCCUGGUGUUGUCUCGUGCGCAGACAUUGUUGCCUUGGCUGCACGUGAUUCAAUAUCUUUGGCGAAUGGACCGGCGUAUGAAGUGCCAACUGGGCGGAGAGACGGUCGGGUUUCGAACUUGUCGCUGGCUAAGGACAUGCCGGAUGUAAGUGACUCGAUUGAGAUACUUAAGGAUAAGUUCAUGCAGAAGGGACUCCACGCCAAAGAACUCGUCCUUCUCAGUGCUGCUCACACUAUCGGGACAACGGCUUGCUUCUUCAUGACCAAACGCCUCUACAGUUUUCUACCAGGUGGCCAGCCCGACCCGACCAUCAAUCCAGUAUUUUUACCCGAGCUAACCACUCGGUGCCCACAAAAUGGUGACGUAAACACCAGGAUACCAAUGGACCGGUCCAGUGAGCGGUUAUUUGACAAGCAGAUUCUGCAUAAUAUAAAGGAUGGUUUUGCCGUGCUUCAGACCGACGCAGGUCUCUACGAGGAUGUAGCAACCCGCCGGAUCGUGAAUUCAUAUGUUGGGUUGCUUAAUCCGCUCUUUGGCCCAUCUUUCGAAUCAGAUUUCGUCAAGGCAAUAGUGAAGAUGGGGAAGAUUGAUGUGAAGACUGGUUCUAAAGGGGAGAUUCGACGGGUUUGCUCAACUUUUAAUUAA